AUGAAUAUUUCCUGCGUAGGCUUGCAUCGGCAACAGCAGCAGCAGAAGCCUCAGCAGCAACCGCUGCGGGCGCAGCAGCAACCGCUGCAGCAGCAACCGCUGCAGCAGCAAAAGCUGCAGCAGCAACAGCUGGAGCAGCAAACGCUGCAGCAGCAAAAGCUGCAGCAGCAACCGCUGCAGCAGCAACCGCUGCAGCAGCAAACGCUGCAGCAGCAACCGUUGCAGCAGCAACCGUUGCAGCAGCAACCGUUGCAGCAGCAGCCGCUGCAGCAGAAACCGCUGCAGCAGCAACCGUUGCAGCAGCAACCGCUGCAGCAGCAAACGCUGCAGCAGCAACAGCUUACUGUAGUGGAUAUGAGUGAAGACAAUGGAGCAGCAACAACUGCAGCAGCAACAGCUGCAGCAGCAACAGCUGCAGCAGCAACAGCUGCAGCAGCAAACGCUGCAGCAGCAACAGCUUACUGUAGUGGAUAUGAGUGA